GCCUGCGAGCGGAACCUGCACGAUCGCAGCGGCAGCCAGAAUCUGUACAACAGCCGCAACCAGAAUCUGGGCAACAACCAGAAGCAGGGACGCAGUCACAAUCUGAACCAGAGCUACAGCCUGGACCUAGGCGACAGCUACAAACGGGGUCUGAGCUACAGCCGGAGCCAGAGCCUGUGGUCUUCACGGACACCUCCCAGAGUUGCACAGUCACCGAGUUGCGCAGAAAAGGCGACAACGUUGCCCUUCUACGUGGACGGAGACAAGGCCGCCGACAGAGCCAUCAGCUUCAUCAUGAACAAGCGCACUCGCGCCUACACAAUCAGCCAGGCAUUCGACUACGAUGGAGACGUGGUGGAGGGCGACGAAUGCGGCGACACCACCCGAGUCACGAUCGAAUAG